AUGAAGGGCAAACGAGCGGCACCUUCGACAAAAACGACUGACGCCAAAGCCACUCCUGCAUUGGUCCGCGAAUAUGACGAUGACUUCAUCGUGAAUGCUGUGCCAAUUGAGAAGAAGAACAAGAUGCAUGUCAAGUUCAACGAUCAUGUGGAGACUAUCAAGUACGUGAAGCCUGACUUUGUGGAAUGUUCCAACCGAAGGAAGACGAAGAAGAAGAAGAAGAAGCGUUCCAGACGGAAGACCGUUCCUGUGGCAGCUGGUGAAGGGCUCGAUGAUGAUGAUGAUGGUUAUGAGCCAUCCGUCCGCGAAGAUGAGCCAGGCGAUGGUGAUGACAAACCCAAGAAAGGGAAGAUCACCAACCGAGUUGAACAUCAAGAAGAAGAGUUCGAUCGCCUUAUGGGGGAAAUGGACAUCAAACUCGACAAAGAGAAAGAAGAUGGAGUCGAAGCUGUCGAUGGACCUCCUCUACCUCCUCCUGACGGUGAACCUCCUUAUGAUGGACCUGAACAUCACUCUAUGGGCAAACCUGGUGACGGCAUCAUCUACCUCAGCGACAUUGGUGAGCAUGUCAAGCUUGACAAACGUGGACGACCUUACCGUGUUGGUCCAGAUGGUCGCAAAGAAGUACGAGGGUCACCAAGGCCAAAGAGUAGCUACAGUCCUGAAGAAUGGAGAGCGCUAUCUGCCAAGGAGAGAGAUGUCAUCAUUCGUCGUGGUAAACUUGAAGAAGAAGCUGAGAAGCUCAAGGAGAUCAAGUUGAAGAAGGAGAAAGAAAAGAAGGCCAAGGCCGAGAUCUCCGAGAAGAAGAAGCAUGAUUCAAGUUCACUCAAAGAUCCAGCCAAAGAUGAAAGCCGAAAGAAGAAGAAAAAGGAUAAUAAGAAGUCGAAGGAGAGCUCAGGCAAAGAUGGUGGCAAGGACGCUGCUGUCGGUGUGGAGACGCUCCGAGGAGAGUGGGAACGUAUGUCUACGCCCCACAAUCCGAUGACGAGACUGAACCACAAUCGAGAUCGCAACCCAUGGGAACGUUCGUCGACGCCCCAUGGAGCAAGUGAUCUCAUCGACAUCAAGAAGUUCAAUGCCACCUCUCCCGCGACUCCCAGUGAAACGAGUACCAACGUCCCAAGUGAUGAUGAUGGUCAAGAGUUCUUGAAUGAAUGGGAUGAAUGGUCCGAGCAUGAAGUUGGAAGAGGACCAAAAGCUCACUGGGAAGAUGUUCACUAUGACUUCAACACUGGAAAAGUCACGACACCUGCUAAGGCUGCACCAACGGCUCCUACCUCAAAAGACUCCGACGGCAAGUCCAAGGUCAACCACUUCGUGAGUUCGAUUCCUUGUAUGCCUUGUGUUCAUCAAGACCUUGAGCAUCGUGAGAAGUUCGGUCAAACUGAUGUGAGGUUUGGGAAGUUGUUCAAUGCGAUGGUCUCACGGCCAGUUGGUCGUAAAGAGAUGAUGGAAGACCCGGACGCCAAGGCUUCUAUGAGGAAUGAGUGGUUGGGACAGCACAAGCAGGGAGUCUAUGAUUUCUCCAUUAUUCGUGAAUACGAUGCUGUGGGCAGAAGCAAAACGAGAAGGAAAAGAAGUCCACAUGGCACGAGUUCACGGCAUUUGUGUCGAAAAGAACUAUCAGCUACCAAAGGGGAGCCCUGGACGUAA